ACAUAUCUAAAUUCAAAGGUUCGUUCAUUUGUCAAACACUUCCAAACAAACUCCCACUUAAUUCGGAUUCUUCACUUUUACUUAGUCUCUUCAACCCACCACCAAAUCCUCUCAUUUACCACCAGACUUGUUCUUCCCAGAUGCACCAUUUUUUCCCAUCAUUUCUUACCCAAAUUAUUCUCCAUCUUCUAACCCAAAUUAUGACCCUCAAGGGCGGCACCAGCCAAGCCUGCGCUGCCUGCAAAUACCAACGUAAGCGGUGCACCCCUGAGUGCGCCCUCGCCCCGCAUUUCCGCCCUGAACAGACCGAGAUCUUCAAGAAUGCACACAAGCUCUUUGGCGUCAGGAACAUCCUAAGAAUCCUCGAACAGGUUGAUCCAGCUAUGAAAAACGAAGCCAUGCGGUCCAUAAUCUAUCAAGCCAACAUGCGCGACCGCUCCCCGGUCCACGGCUGCUUAGGGGUCAUAUAUCAGCUCCAGUAUCAAAUAAGGCAAGCUGAGAAAGAGCUCUAUACGGUAUUUUCACAGCUUGAGCUUUACAAACAGAACCAACGGCGACAACAAGAGAUCACAUUGUCCCCCAUGGACUCUCCUGAAUCGCAACAGUUACAAUUAGGAAUGGGUGUUGAACAAUCUGGUAAUCCCGGGCUAACCCUUUUCCAAAAUGAAGUUAAUGAUCACACUCCACAACAGCCUUUUGUUCCUGUGGCUGCAUUUCAGAUUUCCUAUAGUGGGAAUGAGAAUGGGAGUGAUGUGAUUAAUGUUGAUUCUAAGGACAGUAUGAAUAUGAAUAAUGUUAUGUGGGGGCAACAAAUAUGUUACAAUGAGAACAAUGAUAAAUCUCAAAUGGUUAACACACAGCCAUUGACAAUUCAAGAUGAAGUUACUCAUGAUUAUGAUGAAAUUUAUCCGUUUUUCGACACGAUUGAUGAUACUCAAUCAUAUAUAGAUUCUAAGGAGGCCAAUGAGUCGAGCUCGGAUUCGUCGCAGCUAAAGGAGGCCACACAAUCCAUUCAGCAUGUUGCAGGGAAUACACUGAAGAACGCCCAACUACAAGUAAAUAAGUGUCUAGAAAUUUAUGGAUUAGUAGGUGGUUUAGGAUUUGGCUAUGUAAUUCUAGGCGUUUUAAUGGAAGAUAUUGCACAAAUUACAGUGGCUUGCACGGGUAGUGAACUCAUGCAAGCUUUGACAUUUUUUUAG